UGUUACCAAACCACUGUCACUCCUUCUCUCGAAACGCCACGAUCAACAUGGCGGAUGAUGAGAACCUGCGGCGCGUCAACGUGGCGCAGCUGCUAGCAGCAACCAGCGCAGAGGAUGCGGCGGUGCAGCAGCUAAGGAGCGCCUGUCAAGAGACGGGUUUCUUCCUGGUCACCGGCCAUUCGCUGCCCAAUGAGCUUCUGGAUCGGAUCUUUGCCGUGUCCAGACGCUUCUUUGAACUGCCAGAGGAGGAGAAGAUGAAACACACCAGUUCCGAGAAAACGGGCUGGCGGGGCUUCAACCCUUUUGGCAGCGGACAGAACUGUUCUUUGGCCUCCAAAAGGCCAGAAGUCAAGGAGACCUUCUACUGCGGAGAACCGCCCACUGCGGAGGAAGGCAUCGCUGCCCCACCGGUGGAAGACUUCUACCAGGAGCUACGAGCCUACCACACUGCUCUGCUGGAGUUGUCGAGAUCCCUUCUCAGGGGCCUCUCCUUGGCACUCCACCUGGCGCCGGAACACUUGGAGAAGAUCGCCUUUCAGAAGCCGGUGGCAAAGGUACUGCUGGCGCGCUAUCCACCCACGGAUGAAGGCGAUUUAUCCUGUGGCGAACAUACAGAUUGUGGCUUUCUUACCCUGGUCUGCCAAGAUUCUUCGGAAGCUCAAGGGCUCCAAGUGAAACGCCCUGAUGGAUCAUGGCUCUCAGUGAAAACUGACAGGUACACCCCGGUGGCCAACCUCGGUGACCUGGCUCAGCGCUGGAGCAACGACACCUUCCGCAGCUCCUGGCAUCGGGUGAUGAAUCUCUCGCGGCAGCCGCGCUUCAGCGUGGUGUUCUUCAACAACAUGGAUGAGGCAGCGGACGUGGAGUGCCUAGAAAGCUGUGUCACCGUGGAGCGGCCCAAGAAGUAUAGCAAGAUCACCUGUGGCGCCUACGUGGCCAUGAAAAUGAAAGAGAUGCGCACGCAGCUGCAAUCAUAGUUGGAAAAGAAGUUCGGGUGUUGGAGUUGAACCUUGAGAAACA